AUGGUUGUUACGUUGGACACAGCCGGUCAGGAGAGGUUCAGGACCAUCACAACAGCCUACUACAGAGGAGCUAUGGGUAUCAUGCUAGUGUAUGACAUCACUAACGAGAAGUCCUUCGAGAACAUCAAGAACUGGAUCAGGAACAUUGAAGAGCAUGCCUCCUCUGACGUGGAGAGGAUGAUCCUAGGAAACAAGUGUGACAUGAACGACAAAAGACAGGUGUCAAAAGAACGAGGAGAAAAGUUGGCGAUUGAUUAUGGCAUCAAGUUCUUAGAAACGAGCGCCAAAUCCAGCCUGAAUGUGGAAGAGUCCUUUUUCACCCUGGGAAGAGACAUAAUGACGAGACUCAACAGAAAAAUAAACGACAACAGUCCUCCAGGAGGCGGCGGGCCGGUCAAGAUCACAGAGAACCGGUCGAAGAAGAGCAGCUUCUUCAGAUGUUCUCUGUUCUAGUGGAUCCAUCCUCUCCUUUCCAUGGACUGGUACAGCCUUUACCUGCCCUGCUGCUUCCCCCCCAGAGCUGAGCAGAAUACACUCCCAACCCCUCACCAGGCCUGGUACCAGACUACCUACCUAGCACUCCUCCAACCCCUCACCAGGCCUGGGUACCAGGCUACCUACCUAGCACUCCUCCAACCCCUCACCAGGCCUGGUACCAGGCUACCUACCUAGCACUCCUCCAACCCCUCACCAGGCCUGGUACCAGACUACCUACCUAACACUCCUCCAACCCCUCACCAGGCCUGGUACCAGGCUACCUACCUAGCACUCCUCCAACCCCUCACCAGGCCUGGUACCAGGCUACCUACCUAGCACUCCUCCAACCCCUCACCAGGCCUGGUACCAGGCUACCUACCUAGCACUCCUCCAACCCCUCACCAGGCCUGGUACCAGACUACCUACCUAGCAUACCUCCAACCCCUCACCAGGCCUGGUACCAGGCUACCUACCUAACACUCCUCCAACCCCUCACCAGGCCUGGUACCAGGCUACCUACCUAACACUCCUCCAACCCCUCACCAGGCCUGGUACCAGACUACCUACCUAACACUCCUCCAACC